AUGAAGAAAAGAAUGUUGGGUCUGGCCCUUUGGCCUUUGUAUUUUUCAUUCCAGCUACUCCAGCUACUCCAGCAGCAAGUUGACUCAAGCGAGUGUAGCAACAACAGUUAUGUGAUCAAUGUGAUGCUCAUGAAUUACUCGGAUUUACCGUCAUCUACUGAUAUUUUGAAAUUAGCUGUGGAACGAGCCAUGGAAAGGGUACAAAAAGAAAUCCAGACAACAGAAAAAAAUGUUACAGUCAACGCCACCUUCCACAGCUUCACCUCCUCACUCUAUGUCUCAAAAGGCUGUCAGACCAGCACUUGUGAAGGUGUGGAGCUCAUCAAGGAAAUUUAUGACGAUGGCAUGCUUGGCUGUGUUGUCAUAGGACCUGCUUGCACUUACGCAACCUACCAAAUGGUCUCAGUUGAAACAAUACUGAGCCUGCCUCUGAUCUCUGUAGGGAGCUUUGGACUGUCCUGUGACUACAAAGCAAACCUUACCCGCCUUCUGACCCCGGCCAGGAAAGUGAAUGAUUUCUUCUAUUAUUUUUGGAAAGACUCUCGGCUGCCAUUCAAAACAACAAGCUGGGAGUCUACCUAUAUUUACAAGAGGAACAACAACUCAGAGGCGUGCUUUUGGUACAUGAAUGCACUAGAUGCUGGAAUCACAGAAUUCUCUGAAAGACUGAAGUUCAAGGACAUUUUAAGGACUCCAGAUCAGCUUAGAAAAACUGUGAAUGAUCCAAACCGGAAAAGCAAUGUGAUCAUCAUGUGUGGCUCUCCAGGUGACCUCACUGAAGACUUAGAGACAGUGGAAGUGGAUAAGGACAUUGUUAUCAUCCUGAUAGAUCUCUUCAAUAACAUGUACUUCAAGAACAACAUCUCAGCCAGUUACAUGCAGAAUGUACUUGUCCUGACUCUGCCACCAGCUCAAGACACCCUGAAUACCGUUGAUGACUCCAUCCUGAUGGAAGAUGACUUUGUUGUUGGCUAUUAUAAUGCAGUCUUGCUGUUUGGACAUGUUCUGAAGAAUUAUAUCCUCUCCCAGAAGCCAGUGUCAUCUCUUAGUCUCAUCAAUGAAUUCCGAAAUAUCACUUUUGAAGGGUUACUGGGUCCUGUGAUUCUAGAUCAGUUUGGAGACAUUGAUACCAAUAUGACCCUGCUGUACACGUCACAGACUGCAAAUCAUUUUGGAACUCUUCUGUAUUUCAACACUCAAAAGAAUGAGACAUUCGAGAAGGCUACAAGCCCGGAUUUUAUCUGGAAGAACCACAAGCUGCCCAGUGACAUCCCAGGCGCUGGCCCACACAUCUUGACUGUUGCUGUUUUCACACUCACAGGAAUUGUGAUUCUCGUUCUGAUCAUCUCUUUGCUGGUUCUAAGGAAGUACAGGAGAGAUAACGAGCGCCGGUGGAAGAAAUGGUCCCAUAUACCACCUGAGGAAAUCUUGCCUCUGGAGACCAGUGAGACUAGUCAUGUCAGUCUGAAGAUCGAUGAAGAUAAGAGACGUGACACCACCCAGAGACUGCGCCAAGGCAAAUAUGACAAGAAGGUGGUGAUCCUAAAGGAUCUCAAAAACAGUGAUGGUAAUUUUUCAGAGAAGCAAAAAAUAGAACUGAACAAGCUCCUGCAGAUUGAUUAUUACAACCUGACCAAGUUCUAUGGCACUGUGAAGAUAGACGCCAUGAUCUUUGGAGUGAUUGAGUACUGCGAAAGAGGUUCUCUGCGGGAUGUUUUAAAUGAUAAAAUCUCCUACCCUGAUGGCACGUUCAUGGAUUGGGAAUUUAAAAUCUCUGUCAUGUACGAUAUUGCCAAGGGGAUGUCCUACCUGCACUCAAGCAAAACUGAAGUCCAUGGUCGACUCAAAUCCACAAACUGUGUAGUAGACAAUCGCAUGGUAGUGAAGAUCACUGAUUUCGGCUGUAAUUCGAUUCUGCCUCCAAGGAAAGACCUGUGGACAGCUCCUGAGCACCUCCGUCAUGCUGAUGUAUCUCAGAAAGGUGAUGUGUACAGCUAUGGGAUCAUUGCCCAGGAAAUCAUCCUGCGCAGGGAGACCUUCUACACGGGACACUGCUGGGACAACAAAGAGAAACUUUACAGAGUGGAGAGUGGCAAAGGACCGAAGCCUUUCCGACCAGACUUGACCUUGGAAACAGUGGGAGAAAGACAGGUGGAAUUGUAUACACUAGUGAAGAGCUGCUGGGAGGAAGAUCCAGAGAAAAGGCCUGACUUUAAGAAAAUUGAGAGUACUCUGGCUAAAAUAUUCAGUAACUACCAUGGCCAGAACAAUGAAAGCUACAUGGACACUCUGAUCCGGCGUUUACAGAUGUAUUCCCGGAACCUCGAGCACCUGGUGGAGGAAAGGACAGAACUAUACAAAGCAGAGCGAGACAGAGCAGACAGGCUUAAUUUCAUGUUACUUCCAAGGCCAGUAGUAAAGUCUUUGAAGGAGACUGGACUAGUAGAACCAGAACUAUUUGAAGAAGUCACUAUCUACUUCAGUGACAUUGUUGGCUUCACCACUCUCUGCAAAUACAGCACCCCUAUGGAGGUGGUAGAUAUGCUGAAUGAUAUCUACAAGAACUUUGACCACAUUCUUGACCACCAUGAUGUUUACAAGGUAGAGACCAUUGGUGAUGCCUACAUGGUGGUGAGCGGUUUGCCAAAGAGGAAUGGCAACCGGCACGCAGUAGACAUCUCCAUGAUGGCUCUGGACAUCCUCAGCUUCAUGGGGUCUUUUGAACUGAGACAUCUGCCUGGUCUGCCUGUUUGGAUUCGCAUUGGAAUUCACUCUGGUCCAUGUGCAGCUGGAGUGGUCGGGAUAAAAAUGCCUCGUUACUGUUUGUUUGGAGACACAGUGAACACAGCUUCACGGAUGGAGUCCACAGGCUUGCCUUUAAGGAUUCAUGUAAAUGGUUCCACUGUUAACAUUCUCAAAAGAACAGACUGCCAAUUCCAGUAUGAAGUGAGAGGAGAAACAUACUUGAAGGGCAGAGGAACAGAGGUUACCUACUGGUUGACUGGUACUGAGGACAAGAAAUACAAUCUCCCAACACCUCCUUCUGUGGAGAACCAGCAGCGGUUACAAGAUGACUUAGCAGAGAUGAUAACCACUAUUCUUCAGAAAAGGGAAAAUGAAGGAUCCAGGACACGGAAGCUUUCACGGGUAGCCAGCUACCGAUCAGGUACCCUGGAAUACCUGCAGCUGGUCAGCACAGAGAAUUGUGCCACAUAUCUUUAA